CCUCUGCUUAUUUUCAGGUCUUUCCUCCAAAGAUGCCGUGGGUCAGAUAUCUGUUCACGUGGACAUCACAACCACCCCAGGAACGGGCGAUCAUAAAGUCACUGUAAAAGUGAUUGCCAUUAAUGACCUCAACUGGCAGACCACAGCAAUGUUCCGCCCCUUUGUGGAAGUUUGUAUACUGGGACCCAACCUUGGAGACAAGAAGAGAAAACAAGGCACAAAAACAAAAAGCAACACGUGGUCACCAAAGUACAAUGAAACGUUUCAGUUCAUUCUGGGAAAGGAAAAUCGACCAGGGGCUUAUGAACUUCAUCUCUCAGUUAAGGAUUACUGCUUUGCCAGAGAAGAUCGAAUUAUCGGAAUGACAGUCAUUCAGCUACAGAACAUAGCAGAAAAGGGAAGCUAUGGGGCAUGGUAUCCUCUUCUGAAAAAUAUCUCUAUGGAUGAAACUGGUUUGACUAUCCUUAGAAUACUCUCUCAGAGGACCAGUGAUGAUGUGGCUAAAGAAUUUGUAAGACUUAAAUCGGAAACAAGAUCUACUGAAGAGAGUGCUUGAAACAAACACUGCAAGCUAAAUUCAUAACUAUAAUUGUUUGACUACUGCAUGCAUGUGCAUAUACAUGGGAAUGUUUAUUUCACUACAUUUCAAUGUUUGCCAGUACUCAUGUACGAUGUCUACAAGGUAUGUAAAAAAAACCUGCUGAACUUUUAUACCAAUUCUGGUCUUUGGGAAAUAAGUAUUCCAAUGAAGUGCCAAAAUUAUGAUGUAAAGUGAAAUAUCAAGAACACCUUUUCACAUGUUUAUUUUGUUUCUUUACCUAUUUCACAUUCACUAAACAUAAUUUUUAAAA